AUGCUCCCAUCAGCUCUCCGCUCCAUGACCAAACGGCGAGCCGCUGGUAGCCCAACACCCUUCGCCCUCUCCACACAAACUCGCACCCUCUACUUCUGCGGUCCUAAGCCCGGCGACCACGAUCCGGAUCUUCCCAUAUCGCAACAUUACCACGCGCGAUACCGAACAACAGGCUCAGACGGAAAUCUCAUCGCAGAGUCACCGCUCACAACUCCUGCCCUCCCCACUCCUUCUGCUCAGCCUGCCACUUCAAGGAUCUCCGUCACUCACAUAGCGUCUCUACCAGAGCGCCACACCAUGCCCUCUACCAACAAGCUGGAGACCGCUAGUAAAGCCAUCAGACAGCUAGAGGCGACAACUCACGAUAUAACGACUUACAAUACCGCUACAGUUAUCAUCAGGGAGGAGAUUGCUAGGCUGGAAGUUGUGCUUAGGAGGGGAGAAGUGGAGGGUAAGCAUUGGCAGGAGCUGCAAAGGGUUAGGGAUGAUAUCGAGGGUUUGAAGAGCGUGUCUGAGAGGAUGGAGCGGAGGAUGUAG